AUGGAAGAAGUCGACAAGAACGCCAGACCAACCUCCGGGCUGCCCCUCGCUUUUCACGGCACGGUAAUUCAUUCCCGCAGUUUGGAUGAGCUCGAGAUCCUAGAGAAUUGCAUUGUAAUUGUGGGAACAGAUGGCAAGAUCCAGGCAUUACAAGGCAACGUGGAAUUGGAUCGAAUCGACUCCAUUGUCUCGGAAAAUGGCCAUGUGCCCGACGUCUUCCCGGUGAAAUAUCUCAAGCGUGGGGAAUUCCUGUGCCCCGGCUUUGUUGAUACCCACAACCAUGCACCCCAGUGGGCACAGCGUGGUGUCGGAAGAGGGAUUUCCUUGCUCGACUGGUUAAAUAAGGUCACUUUUGCCCACGAGGCCAAAUUUCAAGAUCCGGAAUAUGCCAGACGCAUGUACGCCUCUUGCGUGACGGGAUUCUUGCAACAGGGCAUUACCACUGCGUCAUAUUACGGCUCACAUCAUGGACAGGCAACUCGAAUUUUGGCUGAUGUCUGCUUCAAAAAAGGACAGCGCGCUCUCGUGGGCAAGUGUAACAUGAACCGGAAUGCCCCGGACUGGUAUCGGGAUCCGUCGGUGUCCGACUCACUGCACGAAACGCGUGAGCUGAUUCAUCAUGUUCAGAAACUUGAUCCGGAAUACCAUCUGGUGAAACCAAUACUGACGCCACGCUUUGCGAUAUCCUGUGAGCCGGAGCUACUGGAUGGGAUUGGUGCCAUCGCCCGUGAACAUCCCAAACUUCCAAUACAAACACAUUUCAAUGAAGCAAAGCAGGAGAUCGAAUUCACGCGCCAGCUCUUCCCAGAGUUUGACACGGAAGCUGAUCUCUAUCAGCGAUAUGGUCUAUUGAAUGAUCGAUCCAUUCUUGCCCACUGUAUCUUCCUACAAGAAGGAGAGAUGCGUCGCAUCCAAGAACUUGGCUGUGGGGUUGCCCACUGCCCAAUCGCCAACACCACUAUGCAAGAUUUUAUGGUAGCACCUGUACGAGAGUAUCUGCGCCGCGGUAUCAAGGUGGGCCUGGGCACUGAUAGUGGCGGUGGCUACUCGUCCUCUAUACUGGAUGCCAUGAAACAGGCCUUCAUUGUGUCGAAUGCGCAGCAGAUGUUGACACAAGGACGGGACCCUGCACUUUCUUUAUGCGAGGGCUUCUUUCUCGCUACUAUGGGCGGCGCGCAAGUGUGUGGUCUCGAUGACCGAGUCGGUAACUUUGCAGUUGGCAAAGAGUUCGAUGCGCUCGAAGUUCAUACCACCGAUCUUGACCAACCGGGAGUAAUGAGCCCAGUGGAAGAUGAAGAUACCAUCCAGGUGAUAUUCGAGAAGUUUUUGAUGACUGGGGAUGAUCGGAAUAUUUUCAAAGUCUAUGUGGGCGGUCGGUCGGUCAAACUUUGA